GCGCCCAAGCUGUUUCAGUUAUCUUGCAACCACCACGUCCUAGACAAAGCGGCGGAGAGGCGAGUUAGAUGGCGACAGGACGGCGUCCCAUGCCCAAGGUAUCUCCCAACGCCACGGACGGCGGCGACUCCCCGAGCAAGAUGGGCGCCGGUUCCAUCUUCUUCCGCAAGACCGCGUCCAAGCGCGAGUCCAAGAAACGCACGGAGGAGUUCGAGAUCAACUUUAUGAGUCUGCGCUUCGCCGACAACGACCUCGAGGGCCGCUUCCGCCUGGCGAGGCAGGCCAAGUACCGCAGCCGACUCCGCUACGGCGCUGGGUUCACGGCGUGCGUGAUCCCGCUGCUCGUGGUCAUGCAGGCCACCCUCAAGCGCGACACGACCAACCACUGGACCGAGGUACCGCUCGUGCUCAUCUUCCCGGGGAUCGUCGGGCUCUGCGGCUUCAGCGUCGUCGUGUUCAGCGGGUACUUCCAGAGCGCCAACAGCAGCGCGGCGCUCACCCUCGUAUGCCUCGUCGGCCAAGUAUGUGCCCUGCUUGACACUACCGCCGCCGCCACAGAUGUGACGGAGAAGAAUGUGUGGGUGCAGUUUAUCUUUUCGUUGGGCAUCACGUCGUCGACGGGGCUUACGUUCAUUGAAGCCGGUGUCGUGCUGAUAUGCAGUAGCUUGUGCUUUAUCGUGAUGGCUUGGGCACAUUACUCGGUCGAGCCCACCAUGAGUCUGAGCAGUCCGGGGACGUCCAUGGCUGCCGUAUUCCUUUACUCGAUCUUCCUCUCGUUUCUGUCGUGGAACUGGGAGUACGAAGAGCGCCGCGAUUUUGUCUUGACGGAGCGGUUGGCCAAGGAAAACGUGCAGAUUCAAAUGACGAUGGAGAUGACGGGAUGGUUCAGCGGCGGCGCGGCCGUGUCUAGCGAGGGCGGCGGUGGUGGCGUCCACAGCCAAGGCGGGGUCCUCCACUCCAACUGCCACAUCGACCCGAAAGACGUCGAGCUCGGCAACGAGCUCGGUAGCGGAACAUUUGGCUGCGUAUACGCAGCGCGAUGGAAGGAAACCAGCGUGGCCGUGAAGAAGAUCACAUUGCAGGGGGACACACAGGCGAUCGUGACAUCGUUCGGGGCGGAAGCAUCCGUGAUGGCGCAGCUCCGCCAUCCAAACGUGGUCAUGUUUAUGGGCGUGAUGCUCCACCCAGAAUACGUGGGGUUGGUCAUGGAGAUAUGCCCCAAGGGUAGCGUUCACGGCGUCAUUCACUCGGAGGAGCUCAAGAUCGACUGGACGCUGCUGCUACGCAUGCUCCUCGACUCGGCCCGCGGCAUGAACUUCCUGCACAGCUCGUCGCCGCCGCUCAUCCAUCGGGACCUCAAGUCCAUCAACUUGCUCAUCGAUGCAGACUGGCGGUGCAAAGUUAGCGACUUUGGCCUGAGUAAACUCAAGGCAUUCCGGGACGACUCGUUCAGCGAGUCCGCCACCAAGCGCAUGUACGUUGGCACGCCCAUGUGGCUCGCGCCCGAGGUCUUUAACGGCGACGAGCACACGGAGAAGACGGACGUGUACAGCUUUGGCAUCAUCCUGUACGAAGCGUUGAGCGGCGCGAGUCCGUUUGAAAACGUGAGCGCGGACGCGGUGCCGUUCAUCGUUCAAAGCGGCAAGCGGCCGACGGACUUCACGCCGCUGGAACCCCUCGAACAUGCAGGACUCGAGCCCCUUCCCACACUCAUGCACAAGUGUUGGGACGUGAACCCGAUGGUCCGUCCGACGUUCACCGCGAUCAUCUCGGCGUUGCAGGUAGCGUUGAUUGCGUUCUGCGGCGACGAAGCAUGGGAAGACCACAUCAUCUUUCCCGAUCGAAAGCUGGUUUUGACCAAUGCUGUGGAGCCCGAAGAUGGGUUUUUAAUCACAGAGAAGGAUGUCGUGUGCGGUGAUAGCAUCGGUAAGGGGGUGUUUGGGGUCGUGUACUCCGGCACGUACUUUGGCACGCCCGUAGCCAUCAAGAAGCUCCCGAUCGGAGCGGUGCCGAAGAACACAAUGAUUGAGUUUCACAAGGAAUGCUCCAUCAUGAAAGGGCUGCAUCACCCAAACAUUGUGCUGUUUAUGGGGUCGUGCUCGAACUCGCCCAAUCUCCUGCUCGUGACGGAGCUGCUUGUGAAUGGCAGCUUUUUUGAUUACUACCACAAGAGACCCAAACCAGUAGGUGUAGCCGACCACCGAUCGCUGUGCUAUAACAUCGCACUGGACAUGGCGCGAGGCCUGGCGUAUCUGCACAACCACAUCCCCGUGGUGAUUCAUCGAGAUCUCAAGUCUCAGAAUAUCCUCCUCGAUGCAACCAUGCGCACCAAAAUUGCCGACUUUGGGCUGUCCAAGUUCCGCGAAGUAGGCAAGACCAUGAGCAUCUGCGGAUCGCCGCUGUGGGUGGCACCUGAAGUGCUCCGGGGGGAGAAGUACGGCACGCCGUGCGACGUCUUUAGCUUUUCGAUCAUUGUAUGGGAAGCGCUGGCGUGGUCCGAGCCGUACCCGUCGAUGGGGUCGAGCGAAGUGAUGAAGGGCGUCGCGUGCGGCAACUUGCGGCCAGUCAACCCCGACGACACCCCACUCUGCCUGGACAAACUGCUCAAGGAAUGCUGGCAACGCAAACAAGAGCUCCGCCCAGGCUUUAACCAGAUCGUGCCCAUGCUCGAAGCCAUGAAGGACGAGUUCCUGAACCUGCACAACGUCGGCAACAACGUUGGGUGAAUAGAAACAGUGAAACGUAUAACGUUAUCUUGAAUAAAAAUUGUGUCCUUUU